GUUUACUUGGUAAUAUAUUUAAAUAUUACUUUUGCGAUUUCUGUACUGCACUCUUUGUGACCUUUCAAUUUUGUUAGUUAUUUAUUUUUUUAAGUAAAACGGGAAUUAUAAUAUAUGAGUAUUUUGAGAGGCUUAGCAUCGUGAAAAUGGUGCAAUGGAAAGAGAUAAUCGAACAGAAUUCAAUGGAAGUGAAACCACAACUCGCAGUCUGGCACAUGUUCGUCCUAUGGACCCCUGGCACAGCACCCCAAUAAAAAAGGUGACUCCGCAAGCCAAUGACAGUGUCUCCACACCAGCUCUGCUCGCUGAAGUGAGACAGCCACAGAGGCAAACGGCGAGCCCUGACAGCUCGCUGGCAUCUGGGCUCAGCAGACAACGUGGCCAGCAGGUGGUGGACAGCCUGGUCCAGAAGCAGCGGCGUGAGCUGCAGCUGCUCGUCGCCGAACUGAAGGACCGCGACCGCGAGCUGAACGACAUGGUUUCGGCCCACCAGAAGCAGCUGCAGGCCUGGGAGGUAGAUCGGCAGAGGGUGCUGACCCUCGAGCUGAAGUGCUCCAGCCUGGAAGUGAGAGCAGAGUACUUCAUGUGUUCGACGUGUUGGUUCAUGCUCCAUGGCCCAGGCCAGCUGCGGAAAUGCAACGUGGUCUUCCAGGCCCUCACCAAGCGGGUGCGCAUUGCGGAGGCACGCCAGCAGGAUGGCCAACGGGCACUGGAGGGCAGCCGACAUGAUCUCUGCCAGCUUGGGCAGCAGCAGCAACACUUAGCCAGCCAGUGCGAGGAGCUGCAGGAGAAGAACCAGACUCUGAACUCCACAGUGCUCAAGCUCUCCUCCCAAGUGGGUCAGCUUCAGGCUCGAGAAGAGGAGCUGAAGGCCAUGCUGAAGCUGAAGGACACAGACAUGACCGGGGCGACCAGCCGCAUCCUGGAGCUCACAGGCGGCUUCCGCAAGCUGGAGGCCGCUCUGGAGGAUUGCCGCUCACGGGAGGCCAAGGCGCUGAUGGAGGCAGAGAAACAGAGAUGUGGUCACAGGGAGGCCAAAAACGAGUGCCUCCGGCUCCGGGAAGAGCUGCGGGAGAAGAUCUCAGAGGGAGACACGCAGGGAGAAGAGCUGUCCCAUCUCAGACGAGAUAGCGAGCUGCUGAGGAGCCAGCUGUGUCUGCUAGGGGAAGAGGAGCGUAGAAAGGAAGAGCUUCUGGAGUUAGCAAGGUCCAAGAAGGAGCGUACAGAGUCACAGCUGCGCUGCCUGCGCCAGAUUUGUGAAAAUCAACAGAAUGACUUACAGCUUCUUCAGCUGAAUCUGGACUCAGCUCAGGAGGCUUUGCGACGCCAGGAGGAUGUGGGCCCGCUGGAGAGGCCAUCCAUGGACAUCUCUGAUGGGAUUAGGCAUGAGAAAUGCUUGACUCCAGGCUUGGCAGUAGCUGACUGCAGUGCAGCAAACAUGGAAUUGAUAUGUCAGGCUGACUUAAGCUUUCUGGACCUGAAAUGUUUGGACCUGUCCAAGAUUGUGCCUCUGAAAACAGAGGAGCAAGGGACCAUGGGAAGGCUCUGUCACGUCAAUGGCCCCGCCCAACCAGGGAGAGACUCUAGGGCCGACUUUGACACCCACCAAAGAACCAAACCCAGUCCUCCUGAUGACGAAAGGAAGCCUUGUUAUAAAGAGCACAGUUCCCCCACCGGCCGCCUUCAGCAGCUGCUGGCUCAGUCCCAGGAGAUGGUGGCCAGUCUGGAACACAAAACGUGGUGCCAGGCUUGCCUGAGUGAAGGCCCUGCAUGUGGCCACAGACACAGUCACUGUCAAAGCGGCAGUGGGGUUCCCAGGCAGGACAGCGGCCCCCAGGCAAGAAGCAGCCUUCCUGCCCCCCCACAUCAGGCAGGUGGCUGUCACCUGGCAGCAGCAAAGGUGCCAGGAUUGUGAGGGGUGUGUCCGCACCCCCUCACCUGUGAAGUGUGCAGGCAGUGCUGAUUCUGCGGGCAACUGUGAAUGAAGACUGGGAGCCACACCACCCCCCAACACAAAGCAGUAAUCAUCAUACCUGCUCACUGGGAUAGUAGCAAUACAAACACUGAAUAUAACAUGUUUACGCCAUAUUUAACGCUAAUCAGCUACCAUUAAUAUAACAGUAUUACAUUGAAAUAAUACCGUGAAGCAGAAGAGACCAGGGUAAUGUAUUAAUUGUACAAAUGCCCCGCACCUCGAUGACUGUGGAGACAAACCCACCCCAAGCUCUUUGUGGGAGUUUGCUUGUUCACCCCAUGUGCAAAUGGGUUUUCUCCACAUAUUCAGUUUCCUCACUCUAGAAAUUCUGUGGCUUGCCUCAUCCCCUGUGUUUCCUGGGAUAAGCUCCAAGCUCACUGCGAUCUUGCACUGGAUAUGCAGUGAAUUUUACUGCCCACAAAAUGUGUUGUAUGGCUGACAUGAAUAACGCAUGAUUGUUCAGGACAUUUUUAAUUCAAUAAGUUAAAUGAAGUGUAUAGAAUUUCAGCUGACUUUCCUGCACUGAGCUACACCAGCAGUUCCUUUAGGAAAGGAUAGCAGGGCUUUGUUAGGUCUCAUUUCAGCUGCACCACAAAUCUGCUGGGACACUGACGUGUAAAAUUUAAAACGAAAUGGAUUCUUUUUUUGGGGGGGAGAAGGGUGCUCUUCGUAUCUCUAUGUAAACCGGAUUUUUGAACAUAUUAUAUAUCAGUUUUUAAAUAAAUGUGUCACGUUAUAAUAUGACACAUUUUUCGCUGUACGUAACCUUUGUGUAUAGCCGUUAUAAUUUUUUUAAAUAUAAUUUUAUGGCAACAAAAAUGGCAUUAUUCUAUAGUAGCUCCAUAUGGUAAUUGUCUGAUUUUAUAUUAUUACCAUGCGUGUUUACUGACGAACGCUAAUGCCUCUAGAUCAGAUUCACAUAGACAUGAGCAUUGGAAAAAAAUGUUUCUUUAUAAGUGUGUUUAUAUGAUGGUUAUCGCUACAUAUAUUUGCAUUUCAACAAACCCGUACACAUUUUUCCAAAUAAAAUAUGUAUAUGAAUUGUU